UUCCAGAACCAGCAGGAACAGAACCAGGAGCUGACGGCGUUGCUAGAGGAACGCGAGAAAGAGGCUGAAGAGCUAGCCAACCUUGUGCGGAACAAGGACGAGGUCGUUAAAAACCUCGAGAGGCGCCUCGUAGACGCAAAGAAGGUCAUCGCAGAACUCCGAGCGGAGGUACGACGCAGAGACCAACCUGCGCCACAAGAACACCCACCUGCAUCACAACAGCAACACCAGCAGACGGCAGACAUACGCGUCAGCACCCACAGCCUGGCCAACAUACACGAACGAUAUGACCAGGUUCUCCAGACGAUGAAAGAGAACAGAUGCAGCAUGGCCUGUGCCUUCCGUCUUGCAGGCUGUCCUCGGAGCACACUACGAGACUUCGUGGCGAUAGCAGAGCAGAAAAAGGUCUCCUCGAGGGAACUGGACCUCGUCCUCCGUGACCAAGAAGUUCAAUCGGUGCGAGAUCUGGAGGUUGCCUGUCGCAAAAGACUUCGGCGCUACAUCCCGGUCAUGAGCAACAUGAGGAGAGAGGGGCAGCUGUUGCCAAUGAAGUUCGCGGCACGAUUUUACGAGUGAAAUAUCUUGUAUAUUUCACCACGCACAAAACGGCUCCUUUAGGAGCCACCAAAUCUUGAAAGUCAAUUGUCAACGUAUUAAACAUGUUGGAUGUUGUAUCAAGCGAGGCACGAUUCUACGAGUGAAAUAUCUUGUAUAUUUCACCACUCACAAAACGGCUCCUUUAGGAGCCACCAAAUCUUGAAAGUCAAUUGUCAACGUAUUAAACAUGUUGGAUGUCGUUUU